AUGCCGCAAGCAGGCCUCAAAACCAUCAUCUCCCUCUCCUUCGUCCUCGCCAUCGGCUUCCUGCUCGUCAUCCUCUCGUGCGCCCUCUGGAAGGCCUACUACCCACUGCUCGUUGUCGCCACGUAUGUACUGGCGCCCGUACCGAACUGGAUCUGCGGCCACUGCGCCAACCCGGAUGACUUUGUUGAGAGCUCUGGCGCCGCGGUGCUUGACCUGGGAAGGUUUUGCACGGGGUUCCUGGUUGUGAUGGGUGUUGCCCUCCCCGUACUGCUCUGCCACUCUGGACUCAUCUCCACACCGGCCAUGAUCAUGUCCAUUAUCGGCGGCUUGCUCAUCUACGGCACUAUCAUCAGUUUUGCAAUGUUUUUCCAGGAAGACCAGGAUUUUUAG